AUGCAACAAAAUUAUGCAGAAUUAUUGUUUUCAUAUUUUACAUAGGUGGCAAAUUAAUCUUAGACAGGUCGAAAAAUAAUUGAAGAAAUUAUAGAUUUGUUUGAAGAGAGAGCAAAUCUUGAAGAAAAAUAUGCAAAAUCAUUAGAAAAACUAGUGGCUAAUAUUGGGAAAUUAGAUGAGAAAUCACAGUAUUCAUAUUAAAUUAUUUAUAGAAUGUAUAAAGUUCCUAUUUUCUGUUUGAAAAGUCUUACAUCAAGUAGGUAAUAUUAAGCUUAGAGUUUAUGUACUUAAAUAAGAGAGGAUCUGAUUACGUAGCUUAGAUAAGUGAUUUAAUAAUAAAAUGGGACAUCAAAAAAGUUGAUUGAAGAAGCUAAGAAAAUGGAAAAGGAGAAUUUACUCUUAAAUCAGGAAUUCAAGAGAGUAUCUAUUUAAUUAAAAAUUUAUAGAGUUUCUAAGAUUAUAAAUAAAAGAAAAGAGAGUAUGAAUAAUAUGCAACAGUUUUGGUAGUAUAUAAUUUAUUAUCUGAAUAUUCAGAGAAAAAGAGAAUCAAUUAAUAUUAUAAGGUUAAUCAAAUAAAAAAGGAAUAUUUAGAUCUUGAAUAAUAAUAUAAACAAUCUGUAUUUGAAUAUAAUUCUAAUUGUGAAAAUUCUAAAACUAGAAUGCAAGAAAUAUUAAAUAUUAUGUAAGAAUAAGAAGAAAAGAGAAUAGGCAUAUUUUAAGAUACUUUAAUUAGAUAGAUUGUAAAUGAUUUAUAUAUUCAUAUAGAUCUUUGAAGUAUCUCAUUCUAAAAAUGUUUAAUAUGAUCUAGAGAAAAUUACAGAAGUUAUCAAUGAAAUUUAACCUAAAGAUGAAGUUGCUAAAUUUAUUAAUAAUGUUAAAUAAGAGGGUCCAAAUCUUUUUGAGAAAACUGAAAUUGUUCAUUUAAAUUCAUUUAUUAGUAAUAGUUUAUAGAGGUUCUUUUAAAAGGAAUUUGAUGAAUUAUUGAAUUUAAAUAAUGAUGAAUCUGUUAAUGAUAUUAUUGCAAAUAUUGAAUAAGGAACAGAUGUUUUACCAGAAGAUUAAAAAUAAUAGGAAACUUAUUAUGCUGCUAAAUUAAUAAAUGAUUGUUGGAAGGAAGAGGAAAUCUCAAUAUAAGUAUUUUAAGAAUUAAAGAAAAAAACAAAAGAUAAUUAUUAAUUGAGAAUGCUUAUUAUUGUUGCAAUAUAAAAUAAAAGAUUAAAUACUUAAUUUAAACUAGGAAGUAUAGCAUUUUAGAAUGUACUUAAAUUAUUCAAUUCAUUAUUGGAAAUAGUAUUAUUAAAUUCAAAUAAUUUAGUGUUUAGAUACAUUUGAUGCAGGAACUUCUAGAUAAUUAAUGAAUCUAUCAUUUACUUUUUAUUAAGAGAAAAUUGAGAAUAAUAAAACAAAAUGUUAUUUUUUAUCAAAUGAAUUUGCUCAACAUUAGGUAUGGGAAAAUAGAGAUUUAUGGGAAACAAGUAUUAUUUAAUAAAUAUAUGAAAAAAUAAAAGAUUAAUAAUAGAAAUAAAGAUUAUAAAAGUAUUAUAAAUAUUUAUAAUAUAGUUAAAAUGAUUAAAUUUAAGUAGAAAAGAAUAUGAUAUUAACUAUUUUAACAUAAAUGGCAUAAAAUAUGUUAUUAUUUAAUUUUAAAAUUGGUGCAUUGAAAGAUAUAAUGUAUAAAUUUUUAGCAUUUUUUGAAUUAAAUGAAGAAAUAACAUAUGAUUUAUUUGUAAUAAAUAUAAUUUUUAUAUUAGAAUGCAAUUGAAGGUUUUGAAAAAUAAAAAAAAAUUAAUGAUGCAUUAGAAAAAGAAGCAUAAUUUCAAAAAAUAUAAGAAUAAAUUUAGAAAGCUCAAUAAGAGAAUAAAAAGGAUUGA